CACACUUUGAGACAGACGUGUCAAUAGACAACGAAAUGAAGAUUGGUGUUUUGUUCGCGGCGCAGAAUCAUUUCACAUUCUUUUUAAUUUUAACGCAAAAAAAUUACAAAUCUUAAAACAAAACUAUUGCCCCGUCGCGUAGGAAAAAUACUAAAUUCACCUGUUGUCAUCUAAGAAGUGCAUCAACAGAAAAUUGUAAAAUAACAAAUCGAGAAAGUUUGUAAGUUAGCAUGGCGGGGCAAAAAUUCCAGUACGAUGAAAGUGGAGGAACAUUUUAUUAUUUCUUGCUAUCUUUCCUCGCGUUAAUACUAGUACCAACAACUAUUUAUUACUGGCCACGCAAGAAAAAAGAAGAUGUUAAUAAACUGAAAGAAGAAUGUCUAUGCCCAGAUUGUAUAAAGAAAAAGGCUAUAUUGGCCGCUGCAGAGCCCUAUCGUAUGCUGAAAUCAUUACUUAUUAAAUUGUGUUUAGUUUGUGGUUGGGCACUACUUGUAUUACUCGCAUAUCGCGUAUCACAAUUUGAUUAUGAAAUGGCCAGUUUUGAUCCAUUUGAAAUUCUGCAAUUACCCCCCACCGCCUCCAUGGAAGAGAUUAAGAAAACUUACCGUGAAUUGUCACGCGUACUGCAUCCAGAUAAGCCAACUGGUGAUGAAAAAUCGUUCAUGAUGUUACGCAAGGCUUAUCAGGCGCUCACAGAUGAAACCGCCAAGCAAAACUAUGAGAAAUAUGGCAAUCCCGAUGGACCCGGUGCUAUGUCUUUCGGUAUAGCGUUGCCAUCAUGGAUCGUUGAGAAAGAGAAUUCAGUAUGGGUACUUGGUCUUUAUGGCUUGAUAUUUAUGGUAGCUUUGCCUUCUGUAGUGGGCAUGUGGUGGUAUCGCUCAAUACGUUUUUCAGGCGAUAAAGUUCUUUUAGAUACCUCGCAAAUGUAUUUCUAUUUCAUACAUAAAACACCACAUAUGUUAUUAAAACGCGCGCUUAUGAUACUUGCUGCCAGUUUGGAAUUCGAUAAACGUCACAACUCGCAAGUCGUUGAAAGGCAAUCGGACAACGAAGAAGUACCAGCGCUCAUUCGACAAUUGCCUAACCUUAAUGAAAAAUGCAAGGAGCACCCACUCUGCCGCAUGUACUCGAUCAAGGCACGCGCUAUAUUACACGCUCACCUCUCACGUAUUCCUCUCAAUCCAGAAACACUAGAGAAGGAUCGUCAAUUUAUUGUUAAAAAGUGUCCAUAUUUAAUACAAGAAAUGGUAUCCUGUGUACAUCAAUUAGUUAUGUUGGCGUAUGCCAGACGAGUCCCACGUCUUCCCAGUAUUGAGACUAUAGAAAAUUGCAUGAAAAUGUCUCCUAUGAUUAUUCAAGGUUUAUGGGACUACAAAUCUCCACUACUUCAAUUACCUCAUCUCACUGAAGAUCAGCAUCUUUACUAUAUCAACAAAAAGAGACACAUUAAGAAUUUACAACAAUUUGCGCAGUUAAAACACGACGAGAGUAGGCAGCUGUUAAAGAGUCUCUCUGACUUUGAGUAUGAAAAUGUUAUGAAAGUUUUAGGAAAAUUACCACUGAUUGAUUUCUCAAUUCGCUGUGAAGUUAUCGAUGAUGAAAAUACAAAUGUUGUAACUGCUGGCGCAAUAGUAACUGUUACGGUAACGUUAGUGCGUAAAGAUAUGAAGACCUUAUUUGGCGAUGCGAAAGUACCAGAGAAACAAGGCAUCAAGGAUGAAGAUGAAACAGCAGCCGGCGGUGGUGGCGAUGAAGAGGAGGCUGCUGCCGCAGUUGCAGUACCAGCUAAAAAACCUUCUGCUUGGGGUAAGCAACGUAAGGGCAAAGGUGGUAAGGGAGGCAAGAAGUCGGCUAAUAAUCAGAAACGUAAAGCACCACCUGCUGCUGUUGCACAAAGCAAAGCUGCGGCAUCUACAAAUGCUGAUAGUCACGAGCAUAAUGACGACUCUGAUUCUGAUGCCGAUGCUAGCGAUGUAGAGGAAAAGGAUUGCUCGGGAGAUGAGUCAGACAGUGACAAACCACAAAAUAAUAAGAGUGAGACAUAUGAUGAUGACGAUGACGAUGAAGCUUGGGAAAGACUACAAGCCAAGCUUAAUAAACGUGAGAAGCUGGAGGGCAAAUCCCGCAUAUCUCACACAGUACACUGUCCUUAUUUCCCGGAAGAAAAACAGGAAUAUUGGUGGACAUAUAUAUGCGAUCGUAAGUCACGCUCGCUUCUCACAGCUCCAUACCAUGUCACAAGUCUUGUAGAUAAGGAGGAGAUACAAUUGAAGUUUACAGCACCACGUUGGCCGGGUCUGUACACAUUUACAGUAUGUUUAAGAUCAGACUCGUAUUUGGGCAUGGACCAACAGCAAGAAUUAAAAUUGGACGUUAAGAAAGCGCCCGUCCCACCUACAGAUCACCCACAAUGGGAUCUUAGUGAAUCGGAGCCUGAAAAUAAUGAACAGCAUGAAAACUCAAGCGAUUUCACGACUGAUAGUUCCGAGGAUGAGGGUACUGACUAAAAAAACCCUUAGCAUAUUAGUGUAUGAUGUAUUGCAAUUGUAUAAUGAUCUUACAAUACUUAUAGUUCAUUUUUUAUACAUUUUGGUUUUCAAUUU